GGUGGUGGUGGAGGUGGUGGAGGCAACGAGAAGACGUUCCCGUAUGCAGCCACAACGGGCACGGUAGAGGAGGUGGAGGCGCAGGAGGUGGAGGUAGAGGUCGACGAGGUUAAGAUGGAAGCCGAGGAGCAUCUCGCGAGGGAAUACGUACAGGAGUUUGUUCUCGAUCAUCUCGAUCCCGCCGACGUCAAACGGGAGGUACGAAUCAGUUCCCCAAUGAUGGUGAACGGUAGCGUGGUACAAUUACCUGGCCAGGUACAAACUCAAGGCCUAGCUCUGGCGCCUUUGACGCCGCCGGCGCACGAGCUCGAGCAACCUCAUCCUUUGUACGGGCAGCCGCACAUCCAAGUGCAGCACGGUGUCCUGGUGAAGGCACCUCCGGGUGCAGCAUCUCAUCUGACAACCCUUUCGCAUCCUGGAACACCACCGGAUACGCCUCCGGUUUCGGCGUCCCCGCCGCCGUUGCAAUUGCAUAGAGGAGAGCAGGAUUCGCGCGAGAGAGGAUUGUUCCUGCAACUACAACAACCUGGCUCAAUCGUACAGGAUGAGAUGCAGCCCGGCACAGGUGGCAUGGGAUGGUUGACGCAAUCCCUUAGACAGGAACCGCUCGAUCUCAGACCUCAUUGUCCUCAAGAACCGCCGGAACCGCAUCACGAAGCUUGGCCGAGUCAUCAUCAUUUCCAAGACCUGCAACGUUUGCAACGUUAUCCCAGACAUACUGGUGGAUACAUCACGAUGUCAGGCCACAUAGAAUACUGUGGAGGUGCUGGAUCAGGCGGCGGGAUGCUUCCCGCGGGCGGAAGUGGAAUUUCAGGAAUGGAAGACAGUAUGCAAGGGAUACAGAUGCAAAGACCGAUGAGCGUUUGUUCAGUGAGUUCUUGUGGCGCUAGUGGACCGAGUCCAGCCCACAGGACAGGGAAUGGUCUUUAUCCAAAUUGCGGGAAUAAUAAUCCCCAGGAAGAACUCAUGAACGACGAGCUGCUCAUGUCGCUUUCCGUGCGUGAAUUGAACAAACGCCUCCAUGGUUGCCCGCGGGAAGAGGUGAGUCAGGUCGUACGCCUGAAGCAGAAGCGACGUACGUUGAAGAACCGUGGCUACGCUCAAAAUUGUCGUAGCAAGCGACUUCAACAACGACACGACCUUGAGACAACAAAUCGUAAUCUGCAGAACGAACUUCAACGGGUAAAAAUCGAACUGGCACGGGUCCAGCAAGAACGCGAUCUUUAUAAGCAACGAUGCGAGAUCCUGAGAACACGGCAGAGCCACAAUCAUAAUCACAAUCACAAUCAUCAUCAGCAACAGGCAUCCCAGCAGCAACAGCAACCGCAAUCACAGCCGCAGCAGCAUCAAACGCAGAAUCAACCGCAACAACAACCACAACAACAGCAGCCGCCUCAACAACAUCAACCGGCGCCUGCAAGUCCAGAAGUCUAUCUGUGACAUCGACAGCGCCGAGGAGGCGCUUGCUGGACCUGAAGAGAUAUCCGUCGUGUAAUCGCGAGAUUCUUGAUCGUGACAUACCUGUGCGCGUGGGUUGAAAAAAAAGAAAGACCAGACAAGCAACCGGGUAUACACUUCGAGAAAUGUGCGUUUCUUAUUUUCUUUCGAUCUGUGACUUAAGUCUUAAGCACAUCUUUAAUCUCGUCUACGUGUAUAUAGCGUUUAGUUCUUCCAUAUUUUUUUCUUAUGUAUAUGUAUAGAUUUGUUAAGAGCUACGGCAAAAAAAAAAAAGAGCCUUGACUGUUAAAUCGACUUUGUAAAUCGCGUAUGGAGUUACCAACGCAACUAAGGUAUCAUUAGAUUAAAAAUAAUUAGUUCUAUUCUCAUAGAUAUAUGAAUAUAUUGCUCGUGGUAGACUGGACGUCUUUACCAAAUAUUGUACCAAAAAGGGAAUAAACAGAAGAAAAAUAGAAGCGAAUCGUAUUUACUUUGUUGUAGCGCAGCAAAAACACGAAGUAAGAAUGAAGCUCGUGCUCUACCGUUCAAGAGAUUUAGCAUUUUAUUGAUUGUUAUUUAAUUUAUAAUUAUAACAUAAUUUCUUUGAUAUAUUUCGUCGCGAAUAAUUGAUUUGAAUAGUCUUCGUUACUAUUUGUUAUUUUUUAUUUGGUAUUAGUAACAUUAAUCUUGGACUAGUGGUGCUGGAUCAUAGGAAUGCGACAAUUUAGGUUAUGUUAUUUAACCUUUUCAUAUAAUAUAUUUGUACAAUUUUACAAUGAUACAUCAAGAUUUUUUGUUUUGAAUUCAAUUAUUUGGAUUUAAAAAAAUAAAAUAUUAUUUUAAGAUUAGAUUAAGUUAUCGAUUAAAAGUAUAUUUUCAUUUUUUAUGAAUAAAAUUUUAAUAAAUAUAUAAGAUAUUUAUAUAAAAAUGGGCAUGCAUAAUUUUUUUGCUAAGAAAGAAAAACUUCUUAGAUUUAUAUAGAAAUGAAUUUUGAGGAAUAUAAAUUAUAGUGAAAUAUUUAAUACAAAAUAAAGUUAAAUGCCCUAAAAUUAAAUAACCUAAUCUAAAUCGUGUUAAUUACCUGUGAUACCAAUCAAGAAUUAUUCAUCGUAUCAAGUACGAUCUAUUCAACGACAUUUUUAUUAAUGUUUUUUUAGAAACCGCUUAGUUUUUUAUGUAAAUGAUAAAUAUUUUAAAACAGUGCUUAUAAAGUGGAACACGCCUUAUAUAUUUUAAUCCUCUUCAUGCGUUAUUAUAAGAAAAAGACGAUUCAAAGAAAGAUUAACAAAUUUAGUGACUUAAUUUUUUUUUCUAUUUUUUUUUAUUAAACAGAAGAUGAAACAUUGGAUAGAAAUAUACGCGAAAAUAAAGCUUGGACAGCAUUAGCUUAAUAUUUCAUUUCACCCACUAUCUUUUUUUAUUGUUCCUUCUUUUUCUUUGUUUAUUUAUUUUGAAUAGUUAUAUAUAUGGAGUAUAAUAUGUACAUAAUAUGUACAUAAUUUUUUGGAACUAUUGUUUAUUGUGACGAAAUCAAAAUUAUACAUCUUAUUAUUAGAACAAUUAUCAAAUUUAUACAGAAUACAAAUAACCAUAUAAGUCUAUCUAGAAAAUCGUCAAAUCUUUCGUUGGUUAUGAUUGCUUAAUUUUUGCGACCUGAUCAGUUUAGAUUCGGUCAGCUUAUUGCCAUCUAGUAGCCAAAACGCUAAUUAAACAAGAAAAAUUAGAUAAAUCCAAAUCUAUCGGUGUAAGCGUGUUUUCACUUACCUACAAACAUUGCGGCCCAUACUUCGACGAUUAAUCGGUGAAAUAGACAAUAGUACGAAUCGUUGUGCAUUUCUGUGCCAAUGAAUAUCGUUUAUAUUUUGUUUCCUUUUUACUUUUAUCGCAAUAACUAAUUCUUACAAAUUAGACGUUGGUUUUUGUUUCGUUUCGUCGUUUUGCGAUGCGAAAUCCGACUCGAAUCGCGUUCCAAAGAUUGCAUCGUCCAAAUAAAAAAAUGAAAUCUGUUUCUGGCUUCUAUUAAUAUCUAUGAUCACGUAUAGUGCGAAUGGAUUGGUAAUUAUCCAUUUUCGAUCAAAAAUUUUCGAAAUGACGAACAUCGGGAGCCAGAUGGAUCUCAAGAAGAUAAAAAAUUAAAAACGCGUGUUGAUACAUUUUCAUUGCGCGAACAGUGAUAUCGAUUUUAGUACUUAUGGCACAAAUUGAUCUGUAUACGGUAGCUCGGUAUAAAUUAUUGGCCAAAUUUUAGAUUUCUUUUUAGGGGGUUCUUUAGAAGAGAAAAGGGGGCUACGUUAUAUUUUUUUGCGUUGAACAGCGGCGUAAAUUUUGGUGCGAAAUUUUUAAAUGAUUAUCUAGCGAUAUAUAAUAACUACGCGAUAGUAAAUUAUUGAAAAAAUCUUCGAAAAUGAAAUUUUUUAAAAAAUAAAAAUUUUAUAGAUAAAUAAAACUUUUUUAUUCAUUUUUUUGUUUAAUUUGUAAUUAUAUGAGUAUAAAAAUGAUAAGAUAUCUAUUUGAUACAAAAAUUACGCCACUGUCAUAUCAGAUGACAUAUGAAGUACUAUAUUAUUGUUUUAUCGUGAUUGGAUUACUUUAGGUCGUUUCUGUCGACCGACAAUGUUUCCAAUUCGAUUUAAGAAUGUUUUAAUUCCCGUUACAUCUUUUCAUGUGUAUAUAAAAUAAUUAUUAUACUUCUUAUUAUAAAUAAAUGUCGAUAUCGGCAGUUUCAGAUA